AUGGCAUCUAGUAAAAUGUCAUCUACAUUAUAUCUUAAGUAUUUAAAUGAUUAUAUAAAUAUAAAUUUAAAUGAUACUAAUGAAUAUUUAAUUGAAAAUCUUAAUCAAUCUUAUUUUGAUGAAAUAGAAAAUCAUGCACGUUUUAUUCUUGCUGAAUGGUAUAGUGAACAAAUAAUUGAUGCACAAUCAUUAUUAUAUAUUAAAAAUGUUAGUUAUCUUAAUCGUAAAAUAAUUUUAUUAACAUAUAAAUAUUCUUUAAAUAAAAAUCAAGUUGAACGUAUUAAAAAUCUUCUUUUUAAUUCUGAAAUUAUUCAAUUAUUAACAUCAAUCAUACAAUCAAUUAUUGAAACAAAUUUACGACAUCAAGAUAAUUUUCUUUAUUAUUUAUCAAUAUUAAUUAAUGUUUAUUCAAUUGUAAAAUAUUCAAAACCAAUUUUUAAUCAAAUAACUAAACAAGCAAUUCAAUCAAAAUAUUAUAAACAAUAUUUAACUGAAUUAUUUUCAAUAAAUAUUCAACCAAUACAUUUAUUUUUUAUAGGUACUAUUGGUCAACUUGCUCAACCUAUACAUGAUUCAACAUUUAAUGAAUUAUAUUCAAAAUUUUUUACAAAAUUUUAUAAUGAAAAAAUUUUAUCUGAUAAUAAUGAUUUACAUUAUUGUACAUUAGGUAUACUUUCUCAAAUAGAUAUUUCAUAUUUAAUAAAUGAUUAUUCAUGUAUAUCAAUAUUAUUAUCAAUAUUUAUAAAUUCAUCAUCAAAAUUUGCAAAAGAAAAUACAAAAAUUUUACUUUUACCUAUUUUAAAUAUAUUUAAUUUACUUUGUAUACAAUCAAAAACUGUUGCUUGUUAUUUAAAUAGUGAUCAAUUAAUUGAUAUACUUCUUCAAUAUAUAAUAAAUCAACAAAAUUAUCAAUUAAAUAUUAAUGCUUGUCUUUUACUUGGACAUAUUAUUAGUGAAAAACAAUUAAUUCAACUUCGAAUCAGUUAUAAAUUAACAAUGAAAUUUAUGAAUUUAUUAUAUUGUUAUAAACAAGAAAUAAAAAAUAUACUUCAGAGUUUGUUAUCAUUAACAAUUCAUGAACAAAUACAAUACAUUAUUGCAGAUACUUAUCAAUUACAAAAUCUUAUUGAAUUAAGUGAAAAUUAUCCAAUUAUUUAUGAUAUUAUUUGGAAACUUUCAUUUCAUUCGGAUAUUUUAGAACAAUUAAUUAAACGACAUAAUGAUUUUCUUGAAAAAUUAUCAUCAUUAUCAAAUAUACCAGCUGCAAAUGGUAUAUUAGAAAAUAUUCAAAUGAGAAAUUUAUCUCGUUUACCAAUAAAAGAUGGAAUAUCAUUUGAUAUUGCUCUUAUUUCAUCUGUAAAAGAUCGUCUUGUUGUUCAAUCCAUUCAAGAAAGUUUUGAAAAAUUUGGUUUUCGUAUUGGUACAAUACGUAAUUCAUUCAAUAUUCUUUUAUGUAUAAGUGAAGAAUCAAAACAUGAUUGUACAUGUCAAGCAGCUAUUCGACAAGCUUUACUUGAUUGUAAAAAAAUUAUUCUAUGUAUUGUACAAAAAUCAUAUCGUUUCGAUGAUUGGUUUAAUAUACUUAAUAUUGACGAGAAAAAACUUUUUAAAAUAACUGAAUCUAAUAUAGAAAAAAUGAUAUCUGAAAUUCAAAUCGAUCUUAAUAAUAAUAAUAAUAAUAAUAAUAAUAAUAGCCAUAAUUUACCAGCUAUUGUCAAACAUACUCAAAUAGUUACACCUCUUCAUCGAACUUCUCAUACUAAUCUUACAUCAUCUUCUUCAUCACCAAAAGUACAACUACCUACAAUAUCUUCACAUGUUCAAACAAAAAAAAUUCAAAAUUGGACACAUCAAGAAGUACUUGAAUGGUGUGCUAAAAAUAAUUUAAAUGCUUUUACGAAAAUUUUAACACUUUAUGAUGGUCGUAGUUUAAUUGCACUUGCACAUAUAUCACGAAUGAAUGCACCACAUACAAUUAUGAAUCAAUUACGAAAUGAUUGUCGUAAACAUGGUCUUAAAUUAUCAUUUGUUGAAUUUGUACAUUUUCAAGCAGCACUUGAUGAACUUCUGCGUUUCGAACGAAAUCAAGCAAGAAAACAGUCCGUAUCAACAUUAGCUACACGUUAUGUAUUUAAACGAAAAAACAAGAAAUAA